AUGUGUUUAGAGUACCAUUUUUUACACAUUACCAUUGUUGCUUUGAUAAAGUUUAAAGUAGGUGAUUAUGUGCGUAUAAGCAAAUACAAAGGUACAUUCGAAAAAGGAUAUACUCCAAUUUGGUCGACAAAAAUAUUUAAAAUUCGAAAAUUACAGAACACAAUUCCAACCAUUUACUUAAUUGAAGAUACAAUUAGAGGUCAACCAAUUUUAGGAGAAUUUUAUGCGCAAGAGCUACAAAAGACCAAAAAUCCAAACAUAUACUCGUAUUUAGUUGAAAAAGUUUUAAGAAGGAAAGGAAAUAAAGUUUUAGUAAAAUGGCUAGGUUUGUCUUCUACUGAAAACAGUUGGAUCGAUAAGUCAAAUAUAUUGUAA